UAGAAUUUCUUUCAUAUAGAUAGUUGAUGUUAUUUGUGCACAUGCAUUCUUUUGUAUUUGGCAAGUCAUUAAAAUUGAUUUAUGCUGAAACAUUCUAUUUCCAAACGAUAUGCUUCUAUCUUACUUAGGUGAGGUCCUUUUUUUUUUUAUUGCUCCAUUUCUGAAUUGGUAUGCGUAAACCCAUAUAUAUUUCAAGUUCAUUACACUCCAACUUUGUUAUCCCCGUCAGUUGUUUUUCCUUGAACCUUUACUUUCUUCUCAUUAUUGGUUGCAAUUUGUAAAAGUUUAAAGCAUUGGUUACUGAUUGCCUUGUUGUUACUAUCCAGACAAUGGCAUAUGUGGCUAUAUCUUUCCUUUUAGCAAUUAGCACACUCAGUUAUCAUUUUUCUCGUACUUGAUUCUUAUGCUUAAAUGCUGCCAUCCGAAUGUAACAAGCAAUUUAAUAUAGAAGACCUUGUACAUGCUAAAUCAGAAAAAUGAAAUAUUUAAUUGCCAGAUUAAACUGAAGCAGAACACAGAUCAAAAGUUUUUUUCUUGUAUAAAAAAUUUGUAGAUAUUAUAUUAUGUGUGGUUCCCCUGUUAUUUACUUGAUACAAAUGAUUUAACAUUUAAGUGAUUCCAGACUAGGAAAUUUUAUUAAGAGUUCCUUUAUCAAGCUUUAGAGGACUGUUGAGUGAAAAUCGAAUAUUAAAUAUAGUAUUUAUGUAAGUAUUUUUUGGUGAAUUAAGAGAACUGAUAUGUUUGUUGAGCUGAUUCUUAAGGCAUGGCUUGAGGGGAUGCAAGACAUGCGAAGUAUUAGACUAUUAGUUUUUUUUUUGGCAAAGGAUAAGUGACGAAGGCAGGAUUCAAGCUCAAGACCUUGUGAUAUACUAUCAAAGCCUUUACCACCAGCUAAGCUAGCUAACACCUUCGAAGUGUUAGUUUUAUACUCCUAUAGAUAUGAAACAGAGUUAUGUAAUGGUGUCAUUGUGAACAUUAAACAAGAUACUUAAAGCUCUUCUUCAGUCAGGUCCAACAUGAUCGGCUGAUUAUCUUCCAAUGUACCAUUGCAUUUGCAUAUGCAAGAAAAGUUAAUUACUUUAUUUUCUAGAAAAAAUCAUUAUCAUCUUGGCAAUCUCCUAAUAUCAACACAGGUUUCUACUUUGGAUUGAUGUUAUCGUUGAUCAUGUUCUCUCCUUUCUUGUCCUAACUAUUUAGAAAGCCGCUAGAGAAGAGCAUGAAGAAUCUUCAUUGAUAAUGGAGGUACAAACAUCAUGCAGAGUUGAUGAGAAAGAAAAGGAGAUUGCCCAUAGCUUCAUGCAAUUAAAAUGUGAGAAAACAGAGGAAAAACAAAAGGCAAUCCUCUUAAGAACAGUGGAGCAGACAGAGAUAAAGGCUGCUGAGGACAAGCAAUCUUUUCCAGAAAGGAUAGAGCAUGAAGACAAGAAGGUCGACAUGCUAUCAUUACCAGAGGAGAAACAAACUCUUUCCGGAAGAUCAGAGCAGCAAGAUUACAAGGCUGCUAGGGAAAAGGGUAAAGAAGCCACGUCAGAAAAGGGUGAACAGACAGAAUUCAAGGCUGGCACAGAGGAGGGUAAAGAAACUACUUUGGGAAAGGGUGGCCUGAUAGAACACAAGGCUGCUAGGGAAAAGGGUAAAGAAGCCACGUCAGAAAAGGGUGAACAGACAGAAUUCAAGGCUGGCACAGAGGAGGGUAAAGAAACUACUUUGGGAAAGGGUGGCCUGAUUGAACACAAGGUAAGUCCAGGAAGCUAUAAUUCAGAUUUUUUUUAUUUAUGCAACAAAUUAAGUUUGGUUUUGCGGAAUGACUUAGAUACUAGCUUUUCUCUUCCACAUUGACCUGCCUACUUGUGAACUUUUUUUUUUUUUAGAUCUUUCACGUUCAUAGCAUCAUCCUCAUUUCAUUUAGUAAUGUUUAGAAAUUACAUUGCAAUUAGAGUGCAUGAGAGAAGAGAAAAACACUCAAGAUUGUGAAAGAAGAAACCAAGGUAUGCAAUACCGUAUCAUACCAGUGUUUCGAGGUUGACUCGGUAUGGUACGGUACCGGUGUAUUGAGCAGUACACCAGGGCAUACCGAGCGGUACACCAGGGUGUAUCGAAUAGUUUUAUAUAUUUUCUUUCUUAUUGUGGCACUGUAGCACGUUCCGUCCGGUACUGGGCGGUCCGCGUAUCGGUAACUAUCUUGCUGUGCCUGCAUUUCCCCAGAGCCCUUUUACACUUACCAACUGUCAUCGCCUUCCUGCCUCUCCAUCGAUGUGGCUGAAUCGCCAAGAGGAAGGCUUCGGUUUUCCUUUUACCAAUCUAAGCAUUACCGAUUAUGAGGUUUUAACUGAUUCAUUGAUACAGGGGUUUACAGCAUCAAACUUCACCAG